CAAUGAUGUGGGGGUCACAGUAGAGUAGAGUGAUGGGGGUCACAUAGUAGAGUACAAUGAUGUGGGGGUCACACAGUAGAGUAGAGUGAUGGGCUCAGGGAUCAGAAUCAUCUCAGUAUCCUCGCUGAUUGGCGGAGUGAUGUCGGCCAUCUUGGAUUGUAGCGGGGAAGAAAGAUUGAUGCGGUGACACGCGGCAUGUUUGGUGCUAAUCGGAAGAAGUUUAUGGAGGGAGGGGUAGAGAGUGACUACACAGAUGACUCCAGCCUCUACUACAGCCAACAGUCUAUGUUCCCUCCCCACCGAAACGAAAAAGACAUGCUGGCGUCUUCCUCUGCUUCCUCAACGGGUCAAUUAUCACAGCUAGGAGCCAGUUUAUAUGGCCCACAGAGUGCUUUGGGGUUCCCCAUGCGAGGGAUGAACAGCAGCACGGCGCCUCCGUUAAGUCGAAGUGGGCUGAACCAGUCCAGCAGCCAGCUCUCGAGUCAUGCAUCUACACCCAACACCGGCACCAUGCAUACGCCCCCGUCACCGAGCCGGGGAAUUCUACCGAUGAGCAGCAGGAGUGUGCUGAACCACAGCCAGCAGGUGGGAGGUCCGACAGGGCAGGCAGGAGGCAUGGGGGGAGCAGGAGAGAGAGGAAGCAGUGGAGCAGGGAGGAGCGGCAGCAUGGGGAGUCCUAGCCGAUCGUCACCCAGCAUCAUUGGAAUGCCCAAGCAGCAGCAGGCGCGGCAGCCUUUCACUAUUAACAGUAUGUCAGGGUUUGGGGUGAACAGGAAUCCAGGUUUCAGCAUGAACAACGCGCUCUCCAACAACAUCUUCAAUGGCACAGAUGGCAGUGAGAAUGUGACGGGGUUGGACUUGUCCGAUUUUCCAGCGUUAGCAGACCGGAGUCGGAGGGAUGGAGGAUCGAACCCCACUCCGCUGCUCAACCCGCUGGCCGGUCGUGCUCCCUACGUUGGUAUGGUAACGAAACCGUCCAGUGAGCAGUCGCAGGACUUCUCCAUCCAUAACGAAGAUUUCCCAGCACUCCCAGGGCCAAACUACCAAACAAAAGACCCCACCAGCACCAAUGAAGACAGCAAAACGAAUCUGAACUCAUCAGGAAAGCCCACCUCUAACUCAGAUGGUCCAAAGUUUCCCGGGGAUAAGAGCUCUGCACCAAGCAACAACAACCAGCAGAAGAAGGGGAUUCAGGUGCUUCCUGACGGGCGUGUGACCAACAUCCCGGUUGGCAUGGUAACGGAUCAGUUUGGUAUGAUCGGCUUGUUGACAUUCAUCCGGGCGGCAGAGACGGACCCUGGCAUGGUCCACCUGGCACUGGGCUCCGAUCUCACAACGCUUGGCCUCAACCUCAACUCACCCGAAAAUCUUUAUCCCAAGUUUGCGUCUCCCUGGGCAUCAGCUCCAUGUCGACCACAAGAUAUAGACUUCCACGUCCCCUCAGAGUAUUUAACAAACAUCCACAUACGAGACAAGUUAGCAGCUAUCAAGUUGUCUCGGUAUGGUGAAGAUCUGCUGUUCUAUCUCUACUAUAUGAACGGGGGAGACCUACUACAACUGUUGGCUGCAGUAGAACUCUUUAACAGGGACUGGCGGUACCAUAAAGAGGAGCGGGUUUGGAUCACUCGAGCUCCAGGGAUGGAGCCCACGCUGAAGACCAAUGCCUACGAGAGAGGGACCUACUACUUCUUCGACUGCCUCAACUGGAGGAAGGUGGCCAAGGAGUUUCAUCUGGAGUAUGACAAGCUAGAAGAACGACCUCAUGUCCCCUCCACCUUCAACUACAACCCUGCCCAGCAGGCCUUCUGAUUGGCUCCCCGCCUCCUGCCUGCCUGCCAUUGGUCCUCCUGGCUCAUCACUCAUCGCCCAUUUAGGUUUUUUCUACCUCCACACACUCAAAGUGAAUCUGGCCAUGAAGGACUUGGGAGGGGAGGGGACCUCUGCCCUCCCAAAUCUCAGUAGAGUUCCUCAUUUGACUCUGUUCUGAUUUCUGUUUGCUCUUUACCUCAUUUCUGUUGUUGUUCUUUUCCCACCCCUUCAUGAGUUUGGUUCAGUUGGUCUGUUAUGUGGAGCACAGACUUAAAGAGAGCACAGUACGACACUGACACAAGCACUAAAUAACUGUCCAUCACACCACGUGAUUCGUGUUUCUAUUCCGUCUUAAGAAUUAUUCUCUAUUUUUGUCUAGAGAAGCUUUUAAACAGAUUCAGAUUUUAACGCAGAAUAAAUCACCUGUGGGGAUGGAUAAUUAUUUUACACUGUGUUACUCUACUGACCUUUGGCAGGAACUGAAAAUAUUUAUCAUCUCCUUUUGUUUUUACCAGGUUUGUCCAGCAUUAAAAUCUAAACACACACACAGCAGCAGAUGGUGAGCAGUCAGGACAGGAAUUGCAAUGUACAUUGUAGCACUAUUUCAUAAUAAAAGAAGAAAAAAUAUCUUUUUUUAUGGCUUGUUAUGUUGCGCCUGAAGCAGCAGCAUUUUCCUAAAUUAGAAUUUUUUCUAUUUUUUUUUUUUUUUUCAAUUUUUAUUGUCAACAAAUCCUCUGAUUUAGCGCUAAGCCGAUUAGUUCUCACACAACAUAGUUUUAAAAUAGUUUUGUUCUGCAGUGGUCAUUAACUUUGGCAGCAGAUCUCUGUGGGGGAUCUUCUAAGUGGUAUAUUAAUAGAUAUCACUGAUUGCUCCUGAAGGCUUCAGGCUAUUGUCACCUCCACUUGUUUUGUGAAUCCCGACUUGUCUGAACAUCAAGUUUGAUGGCAUGUAGAAAGCUAAAUAGAAUGACCACAGGAGAAGGUCAAGCAGGGAACUACGCCUUCAGGACUAAACCUGUCAAACACCUGCUGUCAGUGAGUUUCCAUGCACUGUUUUUCAUCUCUCUUAGUUGUCCCAACAUAACAGUUCCUGCUCUGACCACACAAACACCUGUUUAUUUACUUUUAAUAUUUAAUGUCUGAUUUUUUUAAGCACUUGUCCAUCAUCUACAACAACUCAGUACAGCUGUGACCUGUACUAUGAUGCUGCAGGCAAAGUUUGACAUUUAGAGAACAUUCACGUCAGAUGUACGUGUUUCACCCAGGUCAUAUUUGUCCCAAAGCUUCUGUUUAGUGGAAAUUGGACUUGUUUUGCAUCUGGAAGGCUUCAUCAGUUUUCCAGAGCCUUCAGGAAGUAAACCUAGAUCCAGUUGCCACUGAACAGCAGUGGUAGAUGUCCACAGACCGUUUUUACUGAAUGGUGGAUGGUUGGUUUGGUAUGAAGACCACAAACUGUAUCUGAACCAAACCCACACACCCGAUGUUUGGGGAAAAGCAUGUUUUGGGUGCGACUGCAAAGACAUUUGACAGCUUUGCAUAGCCUGGUAGAUUACUCUCGUUACGUCUGGUCUGGCUUCAGGUACGACAGUUUCCGGUCUUCAGACUAAGCUGACGGCUUCAAAUAAUAAAACUUCAGUUUCCAAACUGAACUUUCAGUAAGAAACUGUAAAUUUCCUAAAAGUCAAACUUCUUUCUUUAAGGUCACUGCAUCUCCACAAGGCAAUAUCACGCCAAGUUUUUUUUUUUUUUUUUUUAUAGGAAAACAUCAUUUUACUUUGAAAUUCCCUCCAGGAGGCACCAAAAUGCAAUUAUGUAUAUAUAUAUUUAAAUAUAUAUAUAUGUACACACUUAUAUAGGAGGCAGCAUUUGUAAGAAAAAGAGGAAAAACAAAAAAAAGGAAUUUGACUAAAAUGAGGAGGUGCUGCACCUCUGCUGGCCGCUAGUAAGUGAUGCAAUACUAGGCUUCCCGUUACUACGGAAACCACCAUGGCAACUGAUGACAGGGGACCACGACCGACUCCGCCCACACCGACCACCUUCUGGCAGCAGCCGUUGCUCUCGAUACAACAUUGGUUGCCAUAACUACAGGGGCCAGCUCUUUCACACUGCAGCAGCAACGCCAAGGACACGCCCACAGACCCCAUGUGACCUGUUGGAGACGAUUCGAUUGGAGGAUGAGGACUGAGGCACUAGGCCGUUGGCUGUUUUAUUAAAUAUGGCAGCUAGUGUUUUAAUAGGAUAAAAGAAUCAAAUAAAUAUUCUGGUAAUGAAACUGAAA